AUGUAUCAACAGCCUAACGGUUCAUACCACUCUACUGAAUCGCUCAGAAGAUUGUCUUCAAACAAUCCUUUUAGAAAGUUCACAGAGUCACAACAGAGUUCGACUUCAAGAUCAGGCACUCCAACUAAGUUCGAAGAGUGGGUAUCGAAGAAUAAAAAGCUUGCUGAGGCGUCAUCUGAUGAAGAUGACGGAGACUACAGCGGCUUUCGAAUAGAUGACUAUAAUGCUUCAGAUUCGCCACUUAAUGAACGAUUUUCAAAACCUCAACCUCCUUCUCGUCCUCAGAGAACAGGAAGUGACAGCAGUGUAAACUACGGAGAAAGGUAA